ACGUGUCUUCCCAGUCAGGUUCUUCUUCUCUCUCUGUGCUACCCUUUUUUGUGACGAAAAUGUCCUCCAUCUUCCUUCGAAACUCCAAGCCUCUCCCUCUUCUUCUUAGAUUCUUCCUGUAGUCAAAGAUCCUCUGCUAAUCCUCGUUUCCGGAGCAUCUCACCUCACUUCCCCCUUGCUCUUCGUUUUUCUCCCUCACUUCUUCUCCGCCAUGAUUCUCGACUCCUAGCUUGAUACAUACCACGAAACCGCAUGGAUUUAGUCGAAGGCAUGGGAGAGAGCUCGUCGCCGCCUCGGAGCUUCGGCGGCGGCGGUUGCUUCAGCGGCUACGAUGUACGAAACGACGUGUACAACCGGUUGGUGGAGAGCGGGCGCGAGGAGGUCGUCUCUAAUCCUAAUUUUCGCGAGCUCUUGGAUGCUCACUUCAGUCGCUUGCCUCCUAGUUAUGGACUUGAUGUAAAUAUGGAUAGAGUUGAAGAUGUUUUGUUACAUCAAAAGAUUCUUGCAUUGGCAAAGGACCCAGAGAAGCGACCUGUCUAUAAUAUCCGUUUCUUGGAGACUGCUUCUACUAGAACCGAUGGUAAUGAUGAUCAGCAAUCUGUAAGUGCUCUCUCUACCCCAAGGCCAUCUUGUAAUGCUGCUAAUGAAGAAGUAGUGCCAUCUCAGAAAAGGACCAGGGAUUGUGCUAUUGAGUUUGAACCUUGCUAUAAGCUUGAGGACCUAAAUUUGGAUGUUAGAAGGAAUCCAAGAGACAUGGAGGGGAGAUAUCAUACAGAGAACUUUUGCAGAAGGUGCCUGAGCAAGUCUUUGUUAGCGUUAGCAUUUCUUCCGUUUCUAUGCUGUUCCAGAAGGCAAGAAUUUUCAAACAUUCCAAUUCAUGAAGUGAUAUUUUCCACCAUUGACAAGCCCAAGCUUCUUAGUCAGCUUUCUGCAUUGCUUUCGGAUAUAGGAUUGAACAUCCGUGAAGCACAUGUGUUCUCAACAACUGACGGCUACUCCCUGGAUGUAUUUGUGGUGGAUGGGUGGCGUGCUGAGGAUACAGAUGGUUUGUAUGAAGCUAUGGAAACAGCAGUUGCUAAAAGUGAGGGAUCGUGGUCCCGAUCUUAUAAUUCUCAUUCAGCUGUCGAAAAAGCAUUGUCUGCAGAAGCAAAAUCUGGAGAUUGGGAAAUAGAUAGAAGAUUACUGAAGAUGGGAGAAAGAAUUGCAUCUGGUUCUUGUGGAGAUCUGUAUCAUGGAGUUUAUCUUAGUGAAGAUGUUGCCGUCAAGAUUCUUAGAUCUGAGCAUUUGAACAAUGCUCUGGAGGAUGAGUUUUCUCACGAAGUGGCAAUUCUAAGGGAGGUCCGGCACAAGAAUGUCGUUCGUUUCAUAGGUGCAUGUACAAAGCCUCCUCAUUUGUGCAUCGUAACGGAGUACAUGCCUGGAGGAAGCCUGUACGAUUUCCUGCAUAAGAAUCAUAACAUCUUGGAACUCCCUCAGCUGUUGGAGUUUGCAAUUGAUGUCAGUAUGGGAAUGGAGUACUUGCAUCAAAACAACAUAAUCCAUAGGGACCUGAAGACAGCAAAUUUGUUAAUGGACACUCACAAUGUUGUUAAGGUGGCAGAUUUUGGCGUUGCUCGAUUCCAAAAUCAAGAGGGAGUGAUGACAGCAGAGACUGGAACAUACAGAUGGAUGGCACCUGAGGUCAUAAACCACCAACCAUAUAAUCAGAAAGCAGACGUAUUCAGUUUUGCAAUAGUCCUGUGGGAGCUAGUGACAGCCAAGGUUCCAUAUGAUAGCAUGACUCCACUACAAGCUGCCCUGGGUGUGAGACAGGGACUUCGUCCUGAUCUUCCAAAGAAUGCACACCCCAAGCUGUUAGAAUUAAUGCAGAGAUGUUGGGAAGCAGUUCCUGAAAAGAGGCCUUCCUUCUCUGAGAUAACAACUGAACUUAAAAUUCUCCUUCAAGAAGUUCAGAAAACUUCGGAAGUAACAAAUGGUAGUUGAACAUACCCAGUACGCGAUACUCAAAGCGGCUUAUUUUUAGGCAUUUGGGUGAGGAUUUUUAAUUUAAUUUUUUUGGUUUCCCCCUGUUUUUGGUUCUUAAGUUACAUAUAUAUAUUUACUAUAUAUAUAUGAGGUUAUUUUGUACAACCGAGUGAAAGGAAAGUUCUGAAGGCUGUCUUAUACAAAGUGAGAGAGACAAAAGGAGGGAGGGGUCCCAUAGUCUGUAUUAUUUGUAUACUUUUUCCAGUGACUCUUUAAGUACUAAUACCACGAUAAAUUUCACGGUGA